CCCCUGGAAAACUUCAUGAUGGAGAGUUGUAAUAAAUAAGAAAGUAACUUGGAUAAAGGGUCUUCUGCCCCCUUUAUCCUAAGGAUCCUAAGUUCUGUUCCCAGCUCUGCCACAAAUUUCUCUUAAGGCCCUGUCCUGCUCACUCUCAUUUCUCUUUCCAUCAUUCAAGAAUGAAAGGGUCCUUCCAAGGGACAAGACCAAGGGGAAAGAGAAGACAGAAAUCAUUUGCCUACAGGAGGAAAAAGAUUGGAUUCCCAUGAAGUUAAAUGAAGUAAUGCAUGUAGAAGCCUGGCAUGUGCAUAAAAGUAAGCAGCCCUUUCCAAAUGGCAAAGAGCACGGAGAGGGACGGCUCCAUUGUGGCAGGAGACUCCAGAAGAGUCUAGGCGGACAACAGAUUUCUAUCCUUGCGGCAGGACAUGAAGGCCCAGUGCGUUUCUUGCUGGCUCCUGGGCAUGGCACUUAUUCUCUGCUCCGUGCACACCCGCAGCCUCAGGAGAUGUCUGAUUUCUGUGGACAUGCGCCUUAUAGAAAAGAGUUUCCAGGAAAUCAAAAGAGCCCUGCAAACUAAAGACACCUUCCAAAAUGUCACCAUCCUGUCCACACUGGAGAAUCUGAGGAGCAUUAAGCCUGUAGAUGUCUGCUGCGUGACCAGCCACCUCCUGACCUUCUACAGAGACAGGGUGUUCAAAGACCAUCAGGAGACAAGCCCCGAGGUCAUGAGGAGAAUCAGCGGCAUUGCCAACUCUUUCCUCUCCAUGCAGAGAACUCUGGAGCAAUGUCAGGCCCGCAGUCAAUGUCACUGCAGUCAGGAAGCCACCAACGCAACCAGAAUCAUCCACGACAACUACGAUCAGCUGGAGGUCUCAUCUGCUGCCCUUAAGUCUCUAGGAGAGCUAGACAUCACUUUAGCCUGGAUUGACCAGAAUCAUCGAGAGACUUCUGAGGCUUGACACCAAGUGCCUUGUCUGAUUAUUUAGGGAUACACAAUUCACCUUGAGCUCCCGCCCUCUCCCUCCUGGCCUCCCCCUCCUCUUUCUCAGUGGUCAACAGCUAACUUUGAAAAGGAGAGAGAUGUGGAAAGCCCCCAUAAUUAUCUAAAAUGGGGGUCUUUUAUUGGAAAUUGCUGCUGUGGAAGGAAUUCUCUCGUCUGGGCUGGAGCCUCACUGGAAAAAUUGGGGUUUGAGUGUCUCUCAGCUGCUGACUGAGGUCUCGGCUCUCUGAUCCACCUGAAAAUAGCCGAGUUGGCAGCUGUGGUAUUUAUAGCAACGUGUGGCUGUUGAAAGAUCCCGGAUGCUGUCGUAGGAGAAACACACAGCUCCUCUAAUUUAUUGUGAAGUGGCUUCUCCCAGGCCUAUGCUGUGUACCUCAUGGUGUACUGUAGUGCAUAUUGUACUGACUGACAUUAAUGAAUAAACUGUGCUUUACCUAUGAGAA